CUCUGAGAAAUUGUGUGAGAAGAUAAAAACAGCUAGCUCCUCUUUAUAUUUAUAUUCUCAGAACUUAACAUGAGAGCACAAUUCAUUGCUUGUUAUUAUUGUUGUUGCGUCCGGGUAUUAUUGUCUUAACUUUUAUUACAAAGAUCUAUUGAUUUGUGUCUUACAAAUGGUUUUGUCUUGUAAACGGUAUGUGGAUAGCAAGUUCCAGACGAACGUGCCAAUUAAGUGUUAAUUUCUUAACUAAUUUAGGUCAAUAGAAACGUCAUAAAUUACCGAACAGUUUGAAAGUUCACAUGCUGGUAAACAAUGUUAGCAGGCAGCGCGAGUUUGUAGGUCAAGCGAUAGUGUCAAAGCAGCUGAUAGCCGCUAGCUCGUUUCGUAUCGACUGCUUAGUCAACGACUUACACUGAGCUUGGUUGCACGCUUACUGAGACGUUCUAAAAAGCGAUCUAAAUAUGUUUUUCACGUUGUUAAUAGUUCUCCUAGUUGUAAUCGGUUUGUUGGCUGUGUUGUCGAUUGCUCUGGACUCGCUGUGGAGUCCUUUAGAGUUGGUUUCGUCUUAUUUGAUGCCGUACUUCCUGCCCGCCGAGGAUCAGCCGCUGACCAAAAAGUUCGGAUCGUGGGCCGUUGUGACCGGCGGCACGGACGGUAUCGGUAAGCACUACGCCAAGGAGCUGGCACGACGCGGCCUCAACGUGGUCAUCAUCAGCAGAAACCCUGAAAAAUUGAAAGCAACGGUCACUGAAAUCGAAAAAGAACACAACGUGAAAACCAAGAUGGUGGUUGCUGACUUCAGUAAAGGCCUUGAAGUGUACGCUCAUAUCGAAGAGGAACUCAAAGACAUUCCUAUCGGUAUACUAGUGAACAAUGUUGGCGUACAGUACGAUUACCCGACGGAGCUUGGUGACCUGCCGAUGUCGAAAGCGUGGGAGAUAGUCCACGUGAAUGUCGGAGCCGUUACCAGUAUGACCAGGCUCGUGGUAAAGGAGAUGGCCAAGAGGGGAAAGGGUGCUGUGGUCAACGUGUCUUCCGGCUCCGAGCUGCAGCCACUGCCGUUGAUGGCUGUGUACGCAGCUACCAAGGCUUACGUUCGCAGUUUCACACUGGCGAUUCGCGAAGAAUACGCUCCUAAAGGGAUCCACGUUCAGCACAUGUCGCCACUUUUCGUGUCAACGAAGAUGAACUCGUUCUCCCAGCGGCUUCUCGAUGGGAACCUGCUGGUGCCUGAUGCUGCCACUUACGCAAAACACGCAGCGGCUACUCUCGGUCGUGUACAUGACACCACUGGGUAUUGGCUUCAUGGAAUACAGUACUUCUUCAUUAAGAUAGCACCGGUGUGGUUAAGGACAAAGAUUGGACAUAAUCUGAAUAGACAGUUUCGGGUGGAAUACGAUACAAAGAAAAAGUUAUAAGAUGAAGACUAGGAAAGUCUGAUGUACUCCGCAUUGCAGCCUAAUGAUCGGUGGAAGUUUCCUUAUAUGAUGGUGUCAACGGGAAAUGAUUGCUACUUUUAGGUGAACUAUUGAUUCGUCUGCUGAUCUAUUCUUAUGUGAUAAAUGGAAGAUAGUCGAUACGCUUUUGUGUUGUAAUUAUGUAUUUAUAAUAUUAAAACUGGUAAUCCUGGUGAUAUUAGAACAAUAGACAACUAAGUCCAAAAAUAAUGUAGACUACAAUUAUUCGAGGCUCUAAUCUAUGUUUAAAUAUGCAAAGAUACAAUACAUAAAUACCACUUUUUCUUCUGUGGGUCAACUGAUACUCAUUUUUUUUUGUACCUAUUGUUAAAGUUUAUUCUUGUCAUUUUAUUGCGCCAGUUUUUUUUUUUUCAAAUUGGUGUCAAUAAAGCAAAAGAGGAUACGUAAUAUAUUAAAUGAAUCUACGUACGUCUUGAACUAGUACAUAAUUUAGUUUAAUAUAAUAAGUUACAUUAAAAUGGUCGCUUAAUAAAGAUUUUUGUGAAACGGAAAA